AUGACUUUCCAGAUGAACAACAGCCAAUACCCUGAAAGCAACUUAACAUGGCAGAUUCUCAAUCACGCUAAUAAGCACAAUUAUGCCAUUGGUGCGUACAAUUGCUACAACGACGAUGGCGUUAUAGCAGUUAUUCGAGCAGCUGAAAGAAAACACUCAGCAGCAAUCAUUCAACUUUUCCCAUGGUCAAUGCAUUUUCAAGGGCCAGAGUUUGUUCGUUAUGUAGUUAGGGCUGCUCAUGUAGCCUCCGUACCGGUUGCCGUCCAUUUGGAUCACUGCAUUAAACUAGAGGAUGUAGAGCUAGCUCUUGGGCUUCCUUUUGACUCGAUCAUGGUGGAUGCUUCAAAGCAGGACCAAGAAGCUAAUAUCCGCUUCUGUAAGGAUAUCAUAGAAAGGGCAAAAUCACGGAACAUCACGAUCGAGGCCGAACUAGGCCGCAUUGAGGGUGGCGAGGAUGGUCUCCCCCAUAUCGAUAUGGAUACAGUAUUGACCCGGCCUGACGAGGCAGGAGAAUUUGUUCGUCGUACCGGGGUUCACUACCUGGCACCUUCAUUCGGAAACAUUCAUGGUGGUUACCCCCCUGGAGGGGCAAAGAAGUCAUGGGAUCUUUCUCGGCUGUCUUCCAUUGCAAAAAUGUCGACUACUAAUAUUCCUUUGGUUCUUCAUGGAACACAUGCCGUCUCUGAUGAGCUCUUCUUGAAAGCUGUCCGGUGUGGAGUACGGAAAGUCAAUUUGAAUCGCACUGUGCGGGACGAAUAUACUCGAUUUGUAGCCGAGAAAUCCGGUUCUCUAGAAUUAACAACCCUCAAGACGGAAGCAGUCGAAGUGUAUACCAGAUCUAUUGAGAGAAUGAUGGAUGUACUAGGUUCAUCUAGCCGCUAUUAG